UCCAUCACAAAUAUCACAAUUCAAAAUCCUUUACGAGUCUCUCUCACGGUUUCUCCAUUGUUAUAUCUAUCCUCCAUCGAAGCAGCUUCUGAGAUUUCAGAGUGGAAGAAUAUGAGCAACCCUUUAACACCAGUAUUGAAGAGGUGUGACAGCCAAAUGCAGUAUUGCUCGUACCAGUGGAAGUGCUGCAAGUCCGCAGACAGGCUCAGUGAUUUGCCAAAUGAUAUACUGGUUUUGAUUGUGUCUCGUUUAAGGCUUAAGGAAGCAGUAAGGACUAGUCUUUUAUCUCGAAGGUGGAAAAAUAUGUGGACUUACACAGCUGGUACCUUAAAUUUUCAUUAUUCAGAGGAGUCAUCUAUUUAUGAGGAUUGUUUACGCAUAUAUUUACAGAGCCGUACAAAAAUACUCGAUGACAAUGGGCCACAUAUAGUCAAAAUGUCUGAGUUUAUAAAAUUGGUCAAUCAUGUCUUGAGCUUGCACCAAGGUCCAACUAUUGAAGAAUUUGAAGUGUUUGUCAAAUCAUGUGGAGCAAUCAGUGAAAAAUAUAUAGAAAAGUGGGUGGAAUUUGCUCUUGGAAAGAGAGCUAAAAGGCUUAAGCUGGAUUUUUCACUCAAAGGCCAUCAAAUGCAUGGAUAUUUCUCCAUCACCAAGCCCUUGCUCCGCAAAUUUAAAUCAAAUCUUUCUUCUCUGACAGUACUCUCUUUGAAAUAUGUAGAGGUUACAAGUAAGGUUAUAUAUUAUGUUCUGCUCAAGUGUUCUGCACUUGAAGAAUUACAUGUGGCGCAUGCUGGUUCCCUUCUAAGGCUGAAAGUCCCUGGCCCCUUACCCCAACUCAAGUGCUUGAAGAUUAUCCGCUGUGACUGUCUUAAUUGGAUACAGAUUCAUGCCAUCAAUAUCGUGUCGUUUACUUAUCAUGGGCGCGACAUUCCUGUAACUUUCAAGACAGCCCCACGGCUAGUUAACACUUCUCUUCGUGGUCUUUAUGCUUCCUAUUUUGUCCAAAACAUUGGGAAAUACUCUAGCUACAUUCAAAAUGUGGAGUCGCUUGUCCUGGAAAUAAGGAGCUCUGAAAAAUACCUGAGUGAUGAAGUGGUACCUGAACUACCUAUUUUAGAAAAUCUAAGAGUAUUGGAGUUGGACUUGGGCAUAAACAGUGUAGAAUACAUUUGUAACUUCUUUGCUGCGUUACCAAGGAAAUGUCCACUGCUUACAAGACUUUCAUUUUCGAUUUCUCGAGAAUAUGAUGCUGGUCAAUACAAGGGUUGCUGGACCAAAAGAAGCUCAGAGUGUCUUCACAGCCAACUCAAGGUGAUCGAACUAUUGAACUUUUGCGGGAGAAGCAAGGGUGAAGCAGAAGUUAUUUACUCAAUACUUAGCUGUCUCCCCUCGCCGGACCAGGUGAUUUUACAUCCAAACUUGCUUUGGGAGUUCAAGAAACCGAAUAUAAAAGAUUUGUCUAAGAAGUUGAAGAUGAUGCAUCCCAAGGCUGAGUUGAUCAAAUCAAGCUGUCUUAGGCCCCUUUUCUAGUUUUUACUCUUAGGUCCAUAAUCUAUAAGUUCAGCUGGUCAGGUGAAUGUCUCGUGGUUACUUUCUGUCAAUUUUGGGUCUGUGGUAAUUGGUAUGUUGCAAGGCUUCUCUGGUUUAUUCCUACACUCCGGGUUUCCUCUACAGGUCAGUGGCAUACCCCGUAUGUGGGUUUGUUUGGGUGUAUCGGCUCAGCCACAGUUUAUAAGGUCUUUCUUUUGAUGUUUGUGUGUUUAGCUAGGGUUUUUUUUUUUUUUUUUUCCUCGUCUUCUUUUGAAUAAAAGCUAGGUGUUUAUUUAUACUUAAUUUUAUUGUGUUAGCUCUCUUAGAUUGUAAUUUGUUCUUUAUUUAUAAAGUUAUAUGACAUUUAUUUAAUCAAGUUGGGU